CGGCUGAAUUAUUGCCAGGAAAUAGAAACAGUAGAAAAUCUGUUGAUAUAGUGCGGGAAGUAUAAGAGGGAGAGAGAUAUUUGAGAAUCUGUAUGAGAGAGAAUGGGAUACAGGAAUUAGGUGUAAUGAGUCCAUUGAGUAGAAUAUGAACAUAUACAGUAUCCGUUUUUUUGUUUUAUUUUCUGAGAUAAACGGGGCAGGCAGGCAAUAUUUAGUUCCUCCCGGUCUCUGGCCCACACUCCACUCCAGCACAGUAGUAGGUGGCGGUAAUGCACUAACAACAUAGGAUGCCAACUGCCCAAAAAUACCACCGAAGAAGUAAACGGAUGCGAACAGUGACCAAGAACAAUUACCACUUUAGCGUUUUUAUUGUUGUAUUUAGACGUUUAUUAACACACUGGAACUCAAAAUAUGCCGAAUUUUACUUCACAGCAUCACAUAAUUACCUCAGGUAGUCUGUAAUUCGCGUUAGAGACAGGACUUGGUUGAUAUACCUAUGUUAUCUAGGUAACGCUAGCUAGCUGCUAACAAUGGCUGACUGUAUGGUUUUUCACACUCAAAUAGCCUCCAUUAUGGAGGUGCUAGCGAAUGCAGCCGUGGCAGAGAUCUGUAAACUAGUAGAUGAAGACUAUGCAGUGUUUCGUUUAGAAGUUACUCAAAGCCAGAAAGAAAACAGGGUAUUGCGCAGGAAACUACAGCUACUGGAACUGAAGGUGGCACGGGAACGCGCAGAGAGGACAAUACGAGAGCGUGUCGUUGCCAGUCGUCCCAGUAGUGUCAAGAUCCUAGACCGAUACAGAGGAAUGGCAAGAGGUGAAGGACAUCUCACUGGAGGCCACAGGAGCUUUGUGAAACCAGCGGGACACAACGCGUGGAUAGAUGACCAACCUAUAGCUAUAGAUGAGGAGAGUGGAACCUCAACCCAGCAUGUUAUUGUGAUAGAGUCUGCAGAUGCAGAGGCUGCAGGUCCUGGGGUCAAUCAGGAGGGGACUGAAGGGAAGGACCCACGACACAGAGACAUCCAGACUGGAGCGCUCCCUGUAGCCACGGAGGACCGCGCCGCCACGCCCCAGCUCAGGACCUCCCGCAGCAUCACGGAGGAGGAGGGUCCAGAGGUGCUGCUGGUGAAGGAGGAGGGGUGUGAGGAGGGUCUGGGGAACCCUGAGGGGACCAUGGUCAUAGAGGACAACCAGACUACACCUCCUCCUGAACCCACAGAGGAACCAGCUGAGCAGCACAGGAACACACACAGUCUCACUGAGGUGAGCCCACGGAAACUACUGUCUGAAUGGUAUUAGGUCAAGGCCCAUAUCCAAAAAGCCUCUCAA